ACAGAAUGGUCACUUUUCUGUGGUAAACAGUUCGAAAUCAAACUUCGUUAACUAACCUCACAAAGCUACAGGGAGCCGGGUUUCGUUUUGUUCAAAAUCGUGUUCUCAUUUCUAGUUAACGCCUUCCAUUGACAAAAAUCUGUCGCCUUAUCAUAUAAUAAUACAUUUCAUUAAUACUGUUUCUUCAAUUCCGCAAUACGAGCAUUGAACAGCCCGGACAAUGUAGUGAGAUUUCCUGCGGUCAAGAGUGGGUCGAUAUCACGAGACUUAUACAAGUCAUGAAACGCCUGAAGCUUUGAAUUUACAUCAGCGGUAUUGCAUCUUCAGUUAAUUUGCCUGUGCAUCGAUCGUUUGUUGACGGAGAGGUUACAAGGCGGUUUGAUGAGAACUCGAUGGUACAAUGAAAAAUGUACGUACCUAGUCAAGGUCCUUUAGAUGCAACCGCUAUCGUCGGAUGCGCGAUAUCUUUAUUUUUCUGCGUGGUUUCCGUCGUUGCUUUCAUAUUCUUCAGGUGAGAUUUGUUUGUUUUUAAAAUUUUACAAUCCAGAUAGUCCAGCUCUCCGCCCUAGAAGCCUUUUGAGUGAUUUAUUAAUGUAAUUCCCUGUAAGAAAAACGUUUUACUGAACAUAUUAUAAUAGUUUUGAAUAUCUUCAUGCAUAAAAACGGACAUUUAGCUAGGGACAUACACUACUUUUUAACAACACAAUUUAUGCGAUCAGCUAUGGCAUAUUUGAAAUGAAAUAUUGAGUGUUACGAAAUUUUGAUGAGUAUUUGUACUUUGUAUAGUUAGAGUUCAAUUGUAAUGUCUACUUUUAAGAUCAGUGUCUAAAUUUGGUCUAGCAAGACCCCUUUCUUUUUAAGCAACCAGUCAAAAUAAAGUUUGUAACGUGUGAAAGUUUUCCUCUGUUUCAAGUCGCAACCAUUACUUGUUUCGAUAGCAAUUCAACAUCAUUGUUUAUGCUAAAGAUAAAGUUUUUACUAGCUUCUAGACGUCACAACUAGUGACUAAUCAUUUUCAAAUAAAACAGACGACAAUUUUUUAGUUUCAUCCUGUUUCUACCAUGAGCAGAGUAAUAACAUGUCUAAAAUAACAAUUGCAACGUUCAAAACACGCAAUGUCUUAAACAUAAUUUUCAAUUCACCACAAAAACUGAAAUAUUGUUAUUGGCAACUAUCGAAUUGAAGUAUCACACUGGCAAAAACUUUACUCCCUUUUGGGGCAAACUUUGUUACGCUUAACCAAAACAAAACGUGAGCUUUUCCUGAUGUUUUUUCUCUUUCCGACAUUUAUUCUUGAAAAUGAAAGCGGAGGAUUUAGUGUCCGUAAAAAAUUGAGUUCUCGGCCCUCCACUGACUACAUCAUACAUAAUGUAUACACCUAAUAUUCAAACCGCUGUCGAUUUUCUGUAACGAGUAUUAAAUAUAUUUUCACUUCGACUAUUGAACGUUUAUUCAUAGCAUUGUCUUCAAACACUCUUAAUGUUUUCCCCCAUUUUCUGAAAUAAAACCAAAUGAAAGCCGUGCCAUUUAACAGAUAUAAACGCUGGUUUGUAAUUUUUUUAGGCAGGCAAGCUAUAAAAGAGGUUAAAAUUAAAGCGGUGAGCUAGAUCGCUCAGUAACCUAAACAAUACUUCGGCUCAACAUCAAUUAUUUGUAAAACAGCUUUAGAUCACAAAGCAAAUUAUACAAUGUUUUAUUUCCAGCGUCAAAAGCAAGGAGAGUAUAAACUGAUCUACAAUUUUCUAUUCUGUAAAUUUCCGUGCUUCCUGAUUGUCUUUAUAAACGCUGGAGGAAAUAUCUAAUUUGUACGGAAAACUUCUUUGUGAAAGCAUACCCCGGCGAGGCAAUAAACACAUGAACGCAACUCCGUGAAGGGAAUAAUCGGCGUAGUUCUCAGCGCUGUAUUUAAGCUUAAAGCGGGUGAACGCAGCAGAAAAAUUAGCAUUCGAUUAUCUUUUUUAUUUUUGUUUAUUUAUCGUUAACUUUUGAGCUAAUUGAAGACGUUGAAGCUACAGAAUAAUCGCUUGAAAAUGUCCCGAAUAAAUUUGGUUUUAACGAUUGCAGACAUAUUUAAGAAAUUUGCUUACGAGAAAGAAUAUUAUAUUAUUAAUUUGCCAAUGAGCUUUCGGCUCGGAAAUGGUCAGUCUGUGAGGCGAUACGGGCGAUGAUCAACUACUUCUCCUUUUAAUCUAUCUUUAAUAUUCAGUCUUACCGCUUGCAACUUCUGAUUCCGAUAAAUUGACCACCCGGAGAAACAAAAAAUGGAUCUGCCAAAAGUCCGAAAAAGUGAAAAAUAGAGCUCUGACUUUUUAAUUUGCCCGAAUAUAACCAAAUUUUGUGUUUGUCCCAAUUCCUCGUAAACGUUUCGAAACGCUACAAAUUUUAUUGUUUACUCGAUUUAUGAUUGACGGUCUUUUAUUGACGCUUCAAAAGAGUUCAAAAGAUUCUUGAAAUGGAAGAAGAUCACUUCACAACAUAAUCACUGUUGGUUUUUUAUCCUGAAUAAAUCAGUUGGGAAUUCAUAUGCAUGCUCCGGCCCUUGAAGCUCAGAUCGUAUGUGAAAAAACAGAUGGAUCGACGUAUCGUUAUCUUACUCGGAAACUGCAUAUUACGCUUUUCAUCUUCAGACUCGAAGUAAAAGUUAAAAUCGCCAUGGAAAGCAUUAGUGAUAAACAAUAUUCCGAGUAAGCACUGCUCUGUAGAAACUGCAGUUCAAUUAGACUCAAAUGAAAGCCCAAGAACCGCCUUAUUUGUAAAAAAAUGUACAAUUCAAAUCUUGAAUAGUCACUUAGUCCCAGGCUGGACUCAUUAGACAUACGUGCAUCUCCUACGAACUUUGUAGAUCUAUGAAAAAGGGAAAUCUUAAUUAAUCUCAACUUGAAAAUAUACCGGAGCAGGAUAGAAACGCAAAAAUUCAGUUUUCAAGUUUGUUUUGUGUUGAUUUAAUUGUCUUUUUUGCAGUAGUCUACUAAUAAAACUUUAGAUCGAAAUUCGAGCGUCUUCUUUAACAUACACUGUACGACUCUACGACGAAGAUUAUGACAUUCACCUGGAAGGUUUAAAUUUACAUGCAAAUAAAAACUUAUUGUUUUGAUUCUUUUCAAUAGUGAGAAGCGCUUCAAAAAGCGAUGAAUCAAAUUAAAUACUCGACAGGGAAUUAAUUUAUCAAAGUCCAAUGACUGUGGGAUUUAUCUCUAUGGAAACCGAAUAGGCCUUUUGCAGUAGAUCAUGGUUACCUGAUAACUUUCCGUAAACACAAUUACAAUAAUGUUGUUGAAAAAAAUUAUUUUAGCAGGAACUAUAAGAGCAUAUAAAACAGUAAAUAUCCUGUAAAUUUUCAGGGAUAUAUCUCGAAAGUAGCGAUUGCAAGACUCUUGCAAAGCCCACCGAAAAUAAAAAGGACGCAUACAGGAAAAACAACUCUUGCCACCCUGAGUCACUGUCAAGUGGUCUCCAUACAAAUCCUUGUAUGGGCUCAGAGACAAAAAAAAAUGAGCCCCGCAAUAAGUAAAGGAAAGAUGUAAUGACAGGUUAAAAAAUUUCAAAAUUUCCAAGGAUUUGGAUGAACAACCUCGUUCCCAGGGUUCUCUCCUACCUGUCCCACUCUCUCUCUCGCUCCGUAGGAACGAGGUUGUUGGAUGAACGAUCAUUCAACCCUGUUUGAGGGGCAAGAAUUGUUUUUUUUUUUAGAGAAAGAUUUGCCGAAAAACGGAGGUUAUAAAAUCUUUGAAAAGAAUUCUAAACAGUAAGCCGUAUACUCAGCAAAAUUUAGCAGAUACCGUUAGAAAAGUGUGAUUUAGUUGCUUUUUUAUUUGAAGCUGUCAAUGACAGUUGUAUUUUGAAUUUCAAAACAAAGUUUUACACGUGGAGGCCUCUCCCCGAUGGCCAACGUUUAACCCUUUUAUAGGCCAAUUGGGCAGAAAGGGUACCCUUUUUCCAUAGUUAGUAGAGAAGACUGGUUUUGAAAGGCAGCAAACAUCAAUUAUAAAAACAACGGCGCUGCAGUUUUAUAUUGGGUGCUCCCUGAAUGUGCAUAAUUCUUUGUUUUUUGUUCUCAAAUUGUGAAGGAAUAAAUUAAUGCGACGUUUAUAUUGGUCGGUAAGAUCAAAAUGAUAAGAAUGCUACAGAUCAUUAGAGAGUCGGAAAGGAUUCACAGCCAUUACAGUCGAUGAAAUAUGCCUUACAUUUAAAAAUGGCACCCUUUUUACAUACCCACCUACGAUCUUGGAAUCACUUACUUCCUAGUAAAGCUUACCAGUAGAUCUUGUGCUUACGCAUUGCGCGUUGAAACUUGGAAUGAAACAACAUUACGGAAGACCACAUCGAAAAUUAAACGAUAAAGCCACAAGGUGCGUUUGUUCAAAUUUUUUUAAGUCAAAGGCCCUUUUGAAUCUCAGCCUUUCAUAUUCUUCAGCUCGUCAUAUCCCUAUCUUUUUACACACUGAAGCCUGAAAAGGAUAUCCCUUUCGGGCGGAGCCUCCCCGCAGCAGGAGUUAUAGUACCCUUCAGGACUGAUGGAAACGAGAGUCUGAUCCAAUAUACUCUAUUUUUGUUAUUACUCACUACAGUAUUUGUGUUGUGUAUUUGACAGACCGAGGACGGAGGCGUUUUUGAUAAAACAACACCUAGUCUAUGCUGUGGGACUCACGCAAAUAGUUCUUCUUGUCAGUAUAGGAGCCUACGAAAAGAAGGUUAGUUUUCCAGCCGAAUUCAGUUUAGUUCAGUUCUUAAUUAGUUUAAAAAGAAAAUUAAUUCGAGUCUGGUCGCAAGGUUUCACCGUCGGGGAUUCACAUUCGGGAUUGUUAUAAAUGAAUGAAUCUAUUUCAUUGUCAUGACGGACAUAAUUUGAAUUGUGGGUUCAGCUAAAGAAAGGUCUGGAAACGAAAAUUCUGCCGAAACCUAUCGGAUCUCGUUUAUACAUGGUCGGCAAUGGGUCGGUAAGUGAAUGGAUCUUCGAGAAUUUUCGAAAUUUCCGAUUGUCCCGGAUCCCCCCAAAUUUCUCAGUUCCAGAUCGCACAGCAGCCGACCGAAAAAUAUAAAAUGGCCACCAAAGAAAACACAUGCCAUUCUUGAUUCAUUUAUUGCAAUUUAAUGGGAGGUGAAAAAGGGGCCUGGGAUUUUAUCAGAUCAAUGCAGUGAACACCAUUAAUCAAUGCAGGGUGAUUAUUUAUAGCUUCAGGGCCAUGUAACGAAUCUUAGCCCUCCAGAUAGGCAGACGAUCUUUCCUUAUACCUUCCCCCUUCACGGCAACGCAAUAUAAACCACUGAAAUCUAUUUGAUUUCAUGUAAUUCUGAAAUACUACAGUCUGAAUAAAGAGGUGUAUCCAAUUCUCGACUAUUUCAUAAAGAGUCGCCAGGUAAUCCGAAUUUCGGAAUCCUUGACAUUUUUGCAUGCGGAAUCCGCAAUCGGGAAAUCUUUGCUUAAAGAAUCCGAAUUCCUGGGCAUUCAGCUCAAGGAAUCCGCAUUCCUACUAACGAUUGGAAUUCGGAAACCAUUAGUUCCUCUGACGAGGAAUCCGUAAUCCAGUACUGACUGGAAAUCGGAAUCAAAGACUGCCUUGGAUUUAAAUUGACUUACAUACAAUGUAGGGCGAUAAAGAGAGCCUUCUCGUAGACCAUUUCAAUUACAAAACACGAAGACAUAAUUAAUUGUCUGUUGUAUGGAUAUAGUAUGUCUUGUAACUUGUAAUUUGUAAUUACUAUUGUAAUAGAGAAGAGAAGUCGUUGCGUCACGUUGCCAUGGUAGCAAAUUUUCUGGAUGACAACAAACCAAAACAUUACUUAAAAAGUGGAUUAGCACUUUUUCAAACUUCAUCGAUCUUAUUUAAUUUCAUUUAAUUUGUCAAAGGUCUGGGUUAAAUUAGGAAGUCUCAUGUCGCAGUCGUGCAACAACGGCUAGGAAAUGUACAAAAAAGGUUGAUGCACGUGCAAAGUUGUUGUUGUUGCUGUUUUUUUGCGCAUCUAAACCUAUUGCUUUUUGCUGUUCGCCGUCACCGUUGCAAAAACUCCCUAUUGUUGCGAUCCAAAAAUUUUUCUACCAUGGUAACGUGACGUCACACUUUUCCUCUCUGUUAAAUUGUAAUUUGUUUACCCACGGCUUAAACGUAUCCCGUGUGUUCCAGAUCGAAUUGAAAUUUGAGGGGAGGGGGAAAACCGAUGAUGAACCUGGAGAAAAAACUUUCAGAGCAAGGCAGAGAGCAAACAACAAACUCAACCCACAUCAUGGCGUCGACGGCAGGAUUCGUGAUUGCUCUCACCACUGCGCCACCCUUGCUCCCCAACAAAGGCAUUAAAACUAUUAACAGUGUAGCCUGCGAGCAAGCAUUUGGGGGACUUUCGGGAGAAGUCACGCGAGAGCCGCAUGCGAAAGGAGACGCGAUUGUGAAGGGUGAGGAAAGAAAGCGGCUUCGCUGCUCGCUCGCGUGUUUCCUCGCGGCUUGCUUCGCUUAUCAUAAUUGGAGCUAUUAAGAGUGCUUUGAAGCUAUCAAAAGUGUUUAUAGCAACGUUUUUUCCUUUCCAUCCCAGGAAGGAUGCCAGGCAAUAUCAGUUGUACUUCAUUAUUCCGCUUCGUCUUGUUUUACUUGGUGUUUAGUGGACAGUUUGUAUUUGUAUUUCAAUCAUACAAACAGCGCUAAUCCAUUGAGGAGAAACGUCUUUUAUCUGUUGCUCGGUUGGGGUGAGUCUCUUGAUAUUCUGGCUUCUAAAAAAUCUAUUUAUUUCGUGCGUUAGUGUAUAAACUCUGUUUGAAUAGAGUGGGCGGUUUUUCUUUCAGGAAAAGACCCAACAUGACAUUUUUUUUUAGCGUAUUGAUGAUAUUUCUUGGCCUCUUAAUGAAAAACGAAGAUAUAUUAUGACAGCACCACAAAUGAAAGACGAAUGAAUGAUACAAUGACUCAACAAACAAACAAACGAACAAACGAAUGAAUAAAUGAACGAGGGAACGAAAGAAUGAAUGAACGAAUGAAUGAAUGAAUGAAUGAGUAAAUGAAUGAAUGAAUGAAUGAAUGAGUAAAUGAAUGAAUGAACUACCGAACGUAGGGCUUUCAACAUGUUGCUCGAAAUUUUCCAAAAAGUUUCCCGUUAUUUCUCAAAAAGUUGCUCAAAAAACAACCAAAAGUUGCUUUUUGUAACGAAAAUUGCUCAAAAGUUGCUCGAAAAAACAAAAACUGUUUUUGGUCUGAUGCUAAAAUAUGCAAAUUAUACAACAAAAGUAAGAUUUCUAAGCAUUUUUGUGCAAUUUUGCGGUGUAACCAGGGUUGCUAAAUAACUUUGCUUUCAUUCAAAACAAAAAAAUGUAAUGAGCCGAUAAAAUUGUUAAAUAACCCGGCUUCUUCACCCGAGACACUCAAGUCAGUCGAGUGUGAAUCUUCGUCCACCAUAACGUCCACUAUUUUGAAUUUUCAGUCUCUAAAAACCUCUGACCUAGCAGCCCGGCUACUUUUAUCUUGCGCCAUGAUCUGCCCCACGGGGAAAGGGGGGAGGAUUUGGCUCCUUUUCUUACAGGAAAUUGAUAAAUUGUCUACCAUGUGUUCAGGGAGCUUGUCACUCCACUCGAUGUUGUCUCCUUCACUCUUUUGAACUCCAGGGAUGAUACUUCCACUAAAACAUGUAACUGAAAGGAAAGACCAAUGUAACUGAAAGGAAAGGCCGAUUUAAGCACUAAUAGCUGCUCCGAUAUUUUAUAAUUGGAAGAUAACCAGAGAAAUUGCUGAGAAUGCAAAAAAUGGCACGAAACGAAAAAAGUUGCUCGAAAUACGAGAAGUUGCCAAAAAGUUACCGAGCAACUAGUGGAAAGCCCUAACCAAACGAGUUUUGAUUAGUUGGAUAAAAUGCUUUCCUACAGUCUUUCUUGAAACCUAGCUUUUAAUUCCAAUUUUCUUAUCGUUUUUGUGUUAAAAAUCUUUCUAGGUUUUCCAUUAAUAGUUUUAGGAAUGUCUUUAGCGAUUGGAUUCACUACCUCAAGCAAUAGCAAAGGAACAGUGUGAGUAUCUCGAGCUUAGUCACCUCAUUACCUUGUAAUUGAAUGGCUCAUCUUCGGGGGAAGGGGGGAGGGGGUAAUCCCAUAAAAUUCGGAUAGGUUUGUGCCGCCCAGGGUCGGGUUGCAAAAAAUAUCUUAAGAUUAAAAAAACUCGUAACUAUUAUUUUAAUACAAUAAGUUUUUGUUCCACAAUAAAAGGUUAAGAGCCCUUAUGAAUUAAGACAGUUUUAUGUAACCCUGUACAGGAACCCUAUUUAAGGAUGAAAUAGACGAAAAUUAAUACCCUUUUUAAGGCCCAAACCCGAAAAAUCGCACCUUUUUCAAGGAAGGACAAAAACUAAAAAAUUGUGGCAACACACCAACCUAUAAGGAGCAUUCUUAAUACAAAUUAGAGAUGAUUUUUUUUUCGUGCAGGUGGGCAUUUACGCUUUCAAUUUUAACUGAUACAAAAUAAGGUGCCCCAACUAAGGAUCACGCAGGGAACAGCAAGGGCGAAAAUGAUACCCUAUUUAACUUAGCAGUAUUUUAUUGUUCUUCUUUGAUGACAUGACCGUACAAAAACCAACGGCUGUUUGUAAUGGUUUCCUUUCAGUUUAUCGCUUUAUAACUGUUGGGAUUCAGAUCAUAUUGUGUGGACCUUCGUUGUUCCAGCUCUUCUCAUUGCCACGGUAAUAAUUAUGCAUUCUUUGAAUGAUUUGUUUUGCUUGUUGGAACGUUCUUGCGCAACCUUGUCACCGAAGCUUUUCCAUUAGAAAGUGAGAGGGGCUGGAAAAGACCCUGGCAUCGACUGGUCACGUGUGCCCCCAACAGGUCCCAAUACACCCUAAAAUCAAACUACAGUUAAACCUCUCCAAAACGGCCACCUUAGGGACAGAAGAAAGCGGCCAUGGUAGAGAGGUGGCCAUUUUUGAGAAGUGGCCAUCGUAGAGAGAUUUAAACAAGAGUCAAUAUAUGGACUCUUCGCCAAAAAAGUAUCUGUUGUAGAGAAGUGGCCGUUUAGGGGAGGUAGCCGUUAAUGAAAGUUCGACUGUAUGCGUCACCUCACAGAGCGUGAUAUCAGGCCGCCUCUUCCCGCCCCGCCCUUUUUCUGAGAGAAUCGCCCUAGGGACUAGGCUGGUUCUUGCUUUUACAGACUUCAGUUAUUUCAGACCUAGGCUUUUAUACUUUCAUUUUUGUAGCUCAACUUGAUGGUCUUGUGCGUGACACUUCAUCAUCUAAGACAACCUUCCUAUGACAUCUGCGCCAGAGCCGUAGUAGAAAAACGAUGUACAAGGUAAAACCCUAAGCCUGAAGCCUUUUAUUAUCCUUAUGAAAACAAAUAGUUAGUAACAAAGAUGAAAGUCUGAGAAAACCGAUAUUGAGGCGGAAACAAAAUAACGUCUCCAGGACGACGUGUGCUAUUAACCCUUUAAACCAUAAGAUCAAAAUUUGAAUUCUCAUUUGUUGCCCCUAUUCAUUUCCUACAGAAGAAGUGGGGAGAAGGUUAUAAAAUAUCAAGCAAAUUCAUCUUGUGUGAUCAUGUCCGUAAUUCUCAUGAGCACUCUGUUUUACAUAACAUUGAUAUUACAAGGAGAAAUUUGAUGCUGAUCACUCUUAGGGCUUAAAAGGUUAAAACGCCCAAAAUGACUAAGUUGCCUUCCGGAUGGAAACAAAGUGUUAUAAUUCUUUACAAAUAUUACAACACUCCUCUACAUAAUCCACAUAAGUAGAUUUUAUGGCGAGAAAUGGAAUACAAAGCACAAUUUUAAUUUCUUGUGAUAAGGCUCUCUUUUUAGGAGGAGGGCGAAAAAUCGCGAGAAGAUGGUGAGGGGGAAAGGGGAUGGGAGGAGUUUUUCCUCCGUUUUAUUCGGCCAAAUUUAGUCCCAAAGAAGGCUUGGAUAUUCAAAGGCGAAUUAAUGAUCUUAAAAGGUGGAACGGCUAUAAGCAAGAAGCCAAAUCACUGCUUUCGGAAGGAGGUAAAAGUACGCUUCCAAUGAAAAAGACAUACUCGGUAUGAAUAGAAAAAUGCGAAACGGUGCUAGGUGAACAAAGUGCCUCCCUCUUUUGCCCUCUUUUGUUUUGAACAGGUAUGGCCUUAGGACCAAUAGCCUUAUGCUACUCGGCCUUUGCCUCGGCUGGAUUUUUGGCAUUCUUUCCUUCCAUAAGGAUAAAGACGUAGUUUUUCAACUCUCUUUUGCACUUGUUAACGGUUUACAGGUUGGUAUUUUCUCCAAUAUUGUGUACAUACACAAAGCCAUUUCGCGAAUGAAUUCAUGAUGCAAUUUCAAACCAAAUGACGUCAUCACACCAGGUGAAAUAGAUUUGUCUCUAGGUUUCUGGUUUCGCGCCUUGCUUUUUUCACAUCAUAACUUGGGCAAUUGUGUCCUUUCGUUCCAACACUAAAGGCCAUGAAUUUGAUUUGUUAGAAAAGUCUCUCUCCUUUAUGCUAACCUGAGAAAACAGCUGACACCACUGGUUUCCCGGCGAAAUGACGUCUGAGAAACAAGCGCAGAAAUUCCACACUGAUGACGCGUCACUACCCAGAUCUGGGUAGUGCUUCUGAUUGGUCAUACACUGAGGUAAAUUUGCUUCAGCCAAUCAGAAGCAUUACCCAGAUCUGGAUAGUGACACGUCAUCAGCAUGGAAUUUCUGCGCUCGUUUCUCAGACGUCAUUUCCCGGGAAAACCAGUGAUGGCGCUGUAAAUGUCGGCUUUUUUCGCAGGCUACCUUUUUGUUGACAAAUUAAUAUUUUUUAACUGCCAUAAUAUUUUCUUGUUUCCGUUCCAGGGGAUAUUUUUGUUCUUUUUUCACUGUGUUCUAAACAUUGACGUAAGUACAGCUUUCGUGUAAUGCCCUCUUCCUAGAAAGACCUCAGUAUGUUAAAUCUCGAAUUGUUUAAACUAAAAACAUAUAAGAUGGCCUACGGGUAUUCAGUAUGGCGUAAUAGGUUGCUAUAGCAGCACUUAAUCCAGUGUUAAACAUCCUUAAUUUUAGUUUUAACUUCUCAUUUUUCAUUGAAUUGUAAUUGGUAUGUUAAAUAAAUCUUUGUCGAAAAUCUUAGAGGUAGUUCAGAGCCACCUUCAUUUUUUCACGACUUAACUAGGUGUAAUUUNAAUAUUGUGUACAUACACAAAGCCAUUUCGCGAAUGAAUUCAUGAUGCAAUUUCAAACCAAAUGACGUCAUCACACCAGGUGAAAUAGAUUUGUCUCUAGGUUUCUGGUUUCGCGCCUUGCUUUUUUCACAUCAUAACUUGGGCAAUUGUGUCCUUUCGUUCCAACACUAAAGGCCAUGAAUUUGAUUUGUUAGAAAAGUCUCUCUCCUUUAUGCUAACCUGAGAAAACAGCUGACACCACUGGUUUCCCGGCGAAAUGACGUCUGAGAAACAAGCGCAGAAAUUCCACACUGAUGACGCGUCACUACCCAGAUCUGGGUAGUGCUUCUGAUUGGUCAUACACUGAGGUAAAUUUGCUUCAGCCAAUCAGAAGCAUUACCCAGAUCUGGAUAGUGACACGUCAUCAGCAUGGAAUUUCUGCGCUCGUUUCUCAGACGUCAUUUCCCGGGAAAACCAGUGAUGGCGCUGUAAAUGUCGGCUUUUUUCGCAGGCUACCUUUUUGUUGACAAAUUAAUAUUUUUUAACUGCCAUAAUAUUUUCUUGUUUCCGUUCCAGGGGAUAUUUUUGUUCUUUUUUCACUGUGUUCUAAACAUUGACGUAAGUACAGCUUUCGUGUAAUGCCCUCUUCCUAGAAAGACCUCAGUAUGUUAAAUCUCGAAUUGUUUAAACUAAAAACAUAUAAGAUGGCCUACGGGUAUUCAGUAUGGCGUAAUAGGUUGCUAUAGCAGCACUUAAUCCAGUGUUAAACAUCCUUAAUUUUAGUUUUAACUUCUCAUUUUUCAUUGAAUUGUAAUUGGUAUGUUAAAUAAAUCUUUGUCGAAAAUCUUAGAGGUAGUUCAGAGCCACCUUCAUUUUUUCACGACUUAACUAGGUGUAAUUUAGCAUACCGUAAAAUUCCGAAAAUAAACCCCGGGGCUUAUAUUUUUCAAAGGCCCUUUUUGAGGGGCUUAUUUUUGGAGGGGCUUAUAUUCGGAGGGGCUUAUCUACGGGGGGAAAUUUGCGUUUCAAAAUCGAUUGGGCUAACCUUAUAGUUGGAAGUAAAUUUACCGCUUUUGCUUUGUUUUACUUUGUAUUUGAGGGCAAUUUUCCAAAUACAAGCCCACGGGAGCUUACAUUUGGAGGGGCGAUUUAACGGAGGGUUUUUUGCGUUACCGGUUUGGGGGGCUUAUAUUUGGAGGGGCUUAUACAUGGAGGGGAUUAUUUUCGGAACUUUAAGUUAUCUUUAACUUUAUUACCAGAUCAAAGCUUAUUACCAAUCAGGAGUUCAUCGCUGUAGCCAUGAAGAUGGCUGUUUGACUGACAGAGAACGUAGCAGACGGGUCAAUGCGCAAGCACAAGAUCCGGUAAGCACGUGAUAAUCACAUGGGUGUAGAACAAUGGAAAAGCGUUUCACUCCCCGAACCAUAACCAGUAACAACGGUAACUUCAAGUUAUGCACAUUCAACUCUCUCUUAACGGACAACACUGUAAGACGGGCACUGAGAGGUUGGUCCUUGUCGUCUUUUAGUUACAUUGUAGUCUUUUUUGUAUUUUCUAUAAGGCGAAUAUUCCUAUAAGACGGACAUUUAAUACCGCCAGUAAUACUGUGUCCGUCCUAGAGAGAAUUCCGGGGCUACUCGACCAAUAUUUUGGUAUAGGCGAGCCACUGCGGGUUUGAAAUCCUGACCUUGUUUAGGACCAAAAAGUCCUAAACUAAAUACCAUGUUUAGGACGACAGGCCCUCAAUUUCAUUACCCCUGUUUAGGAAAAGGACAAAAUGCGGGCUGUCUUGUUUUAACGCCAUUUUGUGGCAAUUGAAAUAGAACAAAUUCACAUUUUAGUCUGUCAUUGCUUUUGUACACUUACAGCAGGACUAAUUCGGACAAAUUAUAUACCCUCUUUCGGACAGACUCGCCCGCAAUUAUAUACCCUUUUUAGGACAAAGAAGACAAAAACCAUACCCUGUCCAGCGGCACAUCCCUGUAUAAGCCAUAUAAGGGAGUACCCCAUCCCCCGGGGAGUGAGUUAACUGUAUGAGUGACGGCUGACAGCAAGUAAACACAAAAACACACAAGGCCAUAUUUAGAAGCUCUGACACUUGGCUAUUGAGCAGCACGCGUCUCGUUUUUCAGGAGUAUCAGUCAAUUUGGGAAGGGAGAAAGAGAAGGGGAGAAAGGGAGAACCGGGGAUUCAUUCUCCAGUUCUUGCAGCUAACUUGGCUUGGAGCUUGAAACAGGCCCCAGCCGCAGAUUAUGCAGUAUCUACGGAGUCCGGGGGUAGUCCCGAAACACGUUACGAGACAGCCUUUUCCCUGGGAAUGAAUAUGGACCGGGGUGGUGCGUACACAAGCAGUUGAUCGUAUGCAAACAAAAGUAGGUGCGCAUGAUCGCCGCAUACUGCUAUUAGACCUCGCGUUUAUAUGGCCUUUUUAGACAGGAUCUCGUAGAAAGAUAAGCACCAGGAGCCACGCCCAGGACAACAUUCCAUUGAUAUCAGUAAGAGCACAGAGCAGUAGUAACCAGGUGAGAUACACGCCUACAUACCAGAAAGAGGGAAUUAAGUUAAAGGACACAGGUUAACGAGCUAAUUGUUAUCAUCAGGAAUUAAAAGGCGCACUCAUCGGGGAGCUUUAGCAAUGACAACAGCGACGGCACGAAAACGUCAAAAAUGCAAUUGACUCAACAAGAAAGACAACAACUUCGCGGGUGCAGCACAAUUUUUUGGUACAUUUCUUCGCCGUCACUGCACGACUGCUUUCUCCUUCUAAACUUGGCUUGGGUCUCUAAGAACUCAAUCCCAGGAAAAUUCACCUACAUUUGACAUUUUCAGUGAGUCCGAAUAAUUGCGACAAAGUUUGAAAAAAAGCGAAGUCUUUUUUAUAACGACGUUUUUGUUGCCGUCGUCGAUGCUAGAGCGGAAAACCAAGUUUAGCCUACGUAACAGGCGUUUUGUCUGGUGUGUUUUUCGUCCGUGUUUUUUAAAGUAAGAGCUCAGACGAGAAAGCGAUGGAGUAGAGGGCAAGAGAAAGAAGGCAGACAAAAAUCCUUCUGCCCUCUUUCACUCCCAUUUUCCCAUCGUUUCCUCUUUUGACCUCGAUUCAGUGUUGGCGCAGCUGUAUCUCUUGCUUUGUUACGAUACACAAACGAAAAGUUCACCAAAAAAAGCCAGCAAAGCAGGCUAAACCAGGUUUCUGUCGCUUGAAGCACAUUUUAUAUGAGUGUUGCUAUCCGCCCUCCCUGGAUGGGUUGUUAGUCCAUCACUGAUUGCCCCCAGAAGUAUAUCGCUGGUACCCAUUUCAGGAAGAAGAAAGACGUAGUGGAGCAAAAAUUAUUGUCUAAGGAAACUGCACCACGCAGAGGCUCAAACACGAACCUCAAUCCGAAUUCGCACUUCCACAUACAAUGAAUUUUCAAAAACUAACUGAAAAAAUAGGGCGCCCAGAAAUACGGAGUCUACGGGAAAAGGAUUAAGAAAGUAGUGAAGUUCUUGCAAAGAGAUUUAUAAUGGCCACAAAAGAGCAAUUUCAUUUGAGACAGGUUUAAGAAAGGGCUCAAAAGGGUCCAUGGUAUCAUGGUAAUGUAUCAGAAAUGAACCAAGCUGAUGAAAGGCGCUGAGGCACAGAACCGCAAGAACCUUCCUAACAUUUACUCACAUAAUUAUAAAUCAGCUCGCGUGUGCUCACUGAUUUGACAAGAAAACUUUUAAUGGCGGUCUAUGGUUAAAAGGAUUCUCGUUUCACCCCUUGUAAAAGAAUCCAAGACAGCCUUGGAUUCUGGAUUCCAAAACGUGGAUUCCGGAUUCCAGGUACCGGGAACCGGAUUCUUUUUCAGUGGAACUUGGAUUCCGGAUCUUAAUCGUUAGUGGGAUUCCGGAUUCCUGAGUUGUAUUCCGCAUUCCAAAACCGAGGAUUCAGGAUUCUACAGCAAAAAGGAGUUGUCGAAUAAUUCCACUUAGCCAUGAGAGUUGAUCCUUACACGUUUCAGUCUGGGUUAAUUAAUUACAUUUAUAUGAUACCAGAUCAGCUCUCGUACUUUGACUGGUGUAGUUAUUAAAUUUCGAUCCUGCUCGCCAUAGAGCCUCCAGUAGGUCAGUAGUUAGAUCAACCGAUCUAGAACUCGGAGGGCCACCUGGAGCUCGGAAUUUUUUCUGAGCUUUCUGGUGUUAGAAUUCUCCUUCCUCCAAACAACUCAUGUUCAGGAGAAGAGUAUUAAUGUGUGCUCGCUCUAAGCUGUCUGUGGCACCAGAGAUUAUAGUUUACUCUUUCAUUCCCGUUAGGACGAAAACUCUGCUGUUUCCCCACCCACUGCACCAAAAGCAGAGCCUCAGCCACUAGAGGUUACAGUUGAGUCAAAGAGGGAAUCGCCACCAGUGGAGGCGGAGGCAGCGGUGGAGAGAGCCCCACCGAAGCCUGACCACGAUGCUUAUCCCAGUCUUCCCGGGACACCUGAGCCGCACAUAUCUGAAUUUGAAGUGAAGCAACCAAGACGACAGAGCACGCCACCUGAUCAGCUUGUGAGCAAAAGGACCAAAGAGGUAACUCAAGAGUUUCCGGAGGAAACCAACCCAUUUGAGAAUAUUCAUUAGAUUUUUUAAAUGUGAAACCCAUUUUGUAUAGGUAAUAGCAUGAUUUGUAGUGAUAUUUGGCAUAAAUACCACGAGUGAUAUUUCGAAAUUGUUAUACGUAAUUUCACGAGCCGUUAGGCGAGUGAAAUUUGAGACAAUUUUGAAAUAUCACGNAGGACGAAAACUCUGCUGUUUCCCCACCCACUGCACCAAAAGCAGAGCCUCAGCCACUAGAGGUUACAGUUGAGUCAAAGAGGGAAUCGCCACCAGUGGAGGCGGAGGCAGCGGUGGAGAGAGCCCCACCGAAGCCUGACCACGAUGCUUAUCCCAGUCUUCCCGGGACACCCGAGCCGCACAUAUCUGAAUUUGAAGUGAAGCAACCAAGACGACAGAGCACGCCACCUGAUCAGCUUGUGAGCAAAAGGACCAAAGAGGUAACUCAAGAGUUUCCGGAGGAAACCAACCCAUUUGAGAAUAUUCAUUAGAUUUUUUAAAUGUGAAACCCAUUUUGUAUAGGUAAUAGCAUGAUUUGUAGUGAUAUUUGGCAUAAAUACCACGAGUGAUAUUUCGAAAUUGUUAUACGUAAUUUCACGAGCCGUUAGGCGAGUGAAAUUUGAGACAAUUUUGAAAUAUCACGAGGGGUACAUAUGCAAAAUAUCACGUACAAAUCAUGCUAUUAUUUGUUUAUACUAUUACCCAAAAAAGGUUUGUAAUUUUCACAUGUAGGUAUUUCAAAUUAAGCUGAAAUACCACUGUUCUAAGCCAAUCAAACUGCAGAAAUUUCUAAUGUAGUAGUAUAAACCACCUAAUCCAUCUGCAAACUUAAAAGUUAGAGUCACCUUGCGAAGCAUGAUAAAUAGCGCGACAGGGAAAUACUGCUCAGUACAACUUUUAUCUGACCGUAUUUGGUUUCCUAAUGAUAAGGAAAAAUGGCGGAGAUAAGGCCCACGCCCUAAAGGCAACACCUUAUGGCGGGAUAAUCUGCCCGCCGGACACAAAGUCUUAACAUCACGAUUAUUACCCGGCCGGGUUUCAAACCUGUGAUCUUCCGGCCGCUUGGCAGGCAACAGGCACUGGAUACUAAUCACUGCGCUAACGAUGAAAAAGGCAGCAGAUUACAUGUCCUUAUAUCGGGGCCUCACAUCUGUGACAUUCUUCUCCAUUUUUUCCUACAAGGUGGAGGGAAUAGGUAGAAGAUCAGCGACUCCAACCAGCUUAUCAAACUACAAGCCGCUUGCUGACGACAGAAGUGAAAACUAUCCCUCUUCUCAUGCAGCUGAAAACUUGAGAGUAAGUAUAAUAUCUCUUUUCUAGUUACUCCAGUGAAAAUACGGAGAUUUACGUCCUUCUGGUUAAUGUUGCAUAUACAGCUGCUUUAAUAAUAUUAACGUUGUUGAAUUUUACUAAGGGCCCAAUCCUACGCGUCAUGACGGCAUGGUCAUGUGGGAGCUGUAAACCCUUUGUUGUUCGGUCACAACUUGGCGGUUGUAAAACGGCUAUAGUAUCGUAUGAAAUAACAAAGCCUGUUCUUUGCGAUUUAAUUUAUAACGCAACAGUUGCUUCACAACUGAUGUUGAUAAUUUUUUUUUCUGAAGAAACCCGUAUUGCUGAGUGGUCUCGUUACGUACACUGAACGUAGGCUUUCCGACAACGUUAAUAGUCCUGUAUACCCAGGAGAGGGGGGGAGGGGGGGGGGCGGUUACCUCCUCGUUAUAGGCUAAUGGGGAUAUACCGCUGGAUGGGAUCGCAUUUUCACGACUGGAUUGACUACAAUGGGGUUGCUUUUAUCAUAGAGUUACUAAAAUGGGGUCGCUCAUUCUCGGGAUUUUUGGGGUGAGAAAAUUCUGGUAAGUAGGGAUUUAAAAACGGGAGAUUUUUUACUAAAUUCGUUUGUCCAAAUCAGUGUGUCAAUUCAUUUUAAGAUGACCCAGUUAAAAGGCUGUAUAAGGUAGACGCAUAAACAGAAAGUGACUAACUGUAAGUUGGGAUCGCGAAAAUUACAUUUGUACAGAAAUGACCAAGAUGGGGUCUAUAAUUGACUCAAGAAUAGACCAUAAUGGGGUAGGGGCACUGAAAGAUCGGCGGCACAUACAGCAAAAAUUGACCCAAGUACAGUCCCGCUCCAACGGGCGGUGUACCAAUGAGCCUGUUCCAGGCUCCGAGAUAGUCGGAUCCGCGAACACGAAAAUAAAACGGGAGGAACCUUUUUCCUUUUUCCCGCCCUGCCAACUUUUCGCUAGCCUCCCACGCAGGCGUUUUUUAGGGAGCCCGUUUUCAUCCCUCCCCACAAACGAGCUCCCCUAAAAACGCCUGCGUGGGAGGCUAACUUUUCCCGUACCUUUCACUUUCUCGUCUACCCCACUAUCUGAGAACCUGGAACAGGCUAUUAACCAAUGCGUAGCACAAUCUGAACCAUAUCCAGGCGGAUACCAAAAAAGGUUCUGGACAAAAGUAUCAAUAAAAGAAGGUGACUAUAAAUAAAGGUACAGUGCGGACACAGGAGAGCCUGUCGUACAUCAGUACGUAUAUCGUUCUGUCUGAAAUGGCCAAGACGUAAAGACGUUUCCGCUGUGGAGACCUGGUCAUAACAGACAUUACAGAGAGGUUAGCAGAAGAGUGAAUGCAUGGACUGUCAACCGGAACAGAAAAGAAUGCCAUUAGUAACGUUUCAAUCUUAGUUUCUUUAGUUGAAGUUAUGAUUGUGUACUGUGGUUGUUUAAAGGUGAUGUUACACGGGACGUUUCGCAAUGACAAUUUUGAGCGCAACACAGCGUUACAACAUUGUUGCUACAUUGCAUCGAAUGGUUGCAACGUUGUUCCAACGUUGCAACGCUGUGUUGCGCUUAAAAUAGUCGUUGCGAAUCGUCUCGUGUAACAUGACCUUAAUUUGACAUUCAGGUACAUCAAAGAGCUGGUAAAUCACGCAGCGAGCCUGCAAUCCCUGCUUUUGACGUGCAUAAACCUGCACAAAAACAGUACUCCACUCACGUGGACAGCAAAUCAGAUGAUCGCAAACUUAGUGUCCAGUCCUCCCAUUCUACAGGAUCUUCAGAGAAAAAACCAAGACGGACUUCACGAACAACGCAAAGCACGCCUUUGAAUGAGGUAAGUCCAAAGGCCGUUGGAUAAUUAACCUAAAUUUAUGAUGUUUUUCCAGAAUCUCAGACGCACAGUUAUUUCCUUUCUUAAACUCUUCCAGGAAAUAACAUCUCUGAUCAAGGUGUAAUAUAAAGCCCAACGUUCAAGAUCGUAUAUUGACCCAGUUUUAGUGGCAUGAAACACUAAGAAAAAUUACUUGGUUACUCUCGUCAUUGUGUUUCCAGAAUAGAACUGUACACUAGGAUUUGAAUGCGAAGCAAUGCUUGUUGUUUAGACCUGAUUCAUUUUGCCAAACCACACCGCAACCGUCUCUGGUCACUUGAACCCUUUUUACGCGGCGUCCAGGUUAAACUGAACUGAGAAUGAAAAACUUUGGAUUUACCACUCUUCAGUCUUUCUCAAGUUUUUCAUUGCAAAGCUAGAAGCGCAAAAUUUUUUUUUAUGCAAAAUGGUAACCGCGUGGUUAACGUUCGCUGUAAAGGUCUAUGAUCAAACCAGAAAAGCAAUACAAAUCUACCAAAAAACUUUGUUUGUGCGUUACGUUCGCUUUCAUUUCAAGAGAAAAAAAGCGCUUUUUUCCCGCUCCCCGUUUUUCUUGCUUGUCUUCCUCUUUUUUUCCCUUUUGGUUUGGCUUUUGCUAGGCUGCAUUCCGCUAGUAGUAAAAUGACGUCAUCAUAUUCGUGACAUCAUCUAGUAAAGUCAUGAACAAUGACGUUGAUUAUGAUAAGAAGAAACUUUUGAUACGAGUUCUCUCAGUUUUUCUUUGCUGCUUUUUUUUUCCAGUUGGAGAGUUUGUUUUCCAAUCCAUAUUAUGUUAAACCUCAAAGACCAUCAGUAUCUAGUCUGUAUGGUCCGGGCGGAGGAGAUAGAAAGAAUUCUUACGAGGUAACUAAAUACUUUUCUAGCCUAUAACCUGUACCAGCUGUUCAUGAGAUUGUGGCGACGGCCUUAUAAGAUGUGAGUAGGAAAAACAGCAAGGGAGGGGUGGGGUUGUGGUUGAGAGAAAAGGAACCCGCUCCUCUCUCCCUUUUUUUCGACUUAGUUUUUUCUGCUCUUUGACUUUGCAUCGCAUUUCACUAUCUGAACGCUUUGAACAGGCUAUCUAGUCUGUUAAAGGUCUUAAGUACUUAACUAUAAUAAAUACUACGUUCCAUGUCAUGAGUAUUGGGAGCUUACUAAAAACGUCAUUACCUUCUUUUUUUACCAGUGAGCUUAUAAACUACCUCCAGAAACAACUUCACACAACGGCACAGAAACAGGGGGUGGGGGAGGGGAGGAGGGCCCAGAAACCUUUUUGUUGUUAGCAAAUGUAAAGUUCAAACUGUCCUCUUCUUUUGUCUCUGCUGUAGACAGUUCAAGGUUCAAGAACAUCUUCCCGCAAUACAGAAGAAACCAUGCUCUGAGCUGUGUAAACAGCUGUUUGGUGAUGUUUUGAACUAAAGCUAUGUAAACAGCGAUGGCAAGCUUCACAGUUUGAGUGAAAAUGAGAAGAAGCAUGGCCACAGGACUAUUUGUGGCUUAGGUCAGACUCGAGGAUGUUGAUGACGGAUAUGAAAAUAUGGUCCGAAAAUAUGCCUACUGGCUUAACUUGAACUUCAUAAAUGCCUGAUAAAAAUGAACAAGGCC